GUUAGGUACGAAUUGUCAACAUUUCAAAUUUUGCACUCCAAAAUCGACAUAAGUAAUUUGUAUACAAUAAAAAUAGAGCGAGGCUCUACUAUAGUAAGUCAUUAAAAUAAAUUUACACUCAUCAAAUAUUACGUGGAAAAUAUUACACAAGUAGUAUUGAAAUUUGCGUCCCUCGUAUACGAUUGCGUCCCUGGCUCAUACCUUCUUGCCCUGCUCUGAAUAUCGACCUGCCUAUAAUAUUUGUAAAUUGUUUUUCUCACGUUAUUAACUACCUACCCACUUAAUUACUUCUAUUAUUAAUUUAUAUUUAAAUACGAAUAUAAAAUUUUUAAAUAUUGUGACUGUGUUAAUAACUAACUCAGUUUUUCCCUUAGGACCGAAAUUUUUUAAAAUUUUAGAUUUUAAUGAUUUCACUCGUUUUUUGAAUCUUAAACAAUGUAAAUCUAUCAAAAUUAGAUUAGCAAUAGAUAAAAGAAAAAUGACAACACAGACAAAUAAAUAAAGCAACGGAAAAACAUACAAAUUGAAUGCAUAAACAAUUUCCACUAGGCGAAUAUUUAUGUUUCUAGGUUGGUAUACUUCAGUCAUUUGAGGUUAUAUUUCUUAUCUUAUCGAGAGAACUGAUGUAAGCCCGCUUCGUAAGACGUCAUUUAUCGUGUGCAUUGUGAACUACAGCAUGUUUCGUCUAAUAUUGCAAACGUCAUUAUUAAUUCUUUUAAAUGUGAACACACUGUAACAAAAUUCCAGACCGCGACCGCCAUUUCAUGAUAGUUGAUACGACGUAUUUGUUUGAUUGUUUCUAUUAUUUUUCUCAUAUUAUACUAUUUUUUUUACUAAGUAAAAUAUAUAUAAAUUAUUGUCUUCAUAGAUUAUAAGAAAUCUUUAAUUGUAUUAUUUACUGUUAUACAAAAUUUACAGUACGAACGUGAAUCUAACUAAUACAUAUAUUAUAUCGUUUGUAGUGUUUUUAAUAAUUUAGAUUUCGUUUUUAUCGGAUAAACAGGGGUUUUCCAGAUGUGAUAACCAAAUUUUGGAAGUAGUACAUUUAACAUUUUAGUACAUAGUAAUGUUUUGAUUUAAAUUUGAACUUUGAAUUUUUUAACAAGUUUCUAUAAAAGUUGUGGUUUUAUGAAUUACUACUACGUAUUUUUAUUGUAAAUUGAAGUGAGUCUGUGAUAUUAAUCAUGUAUUGGAAAAAUAAUCCGGCAUCUAAUUGGGACUCAAUUUUUGACCAAGAGGUAAAUAAUUAAUUGUAUUAUUAUAAUUUACAUUUUUUAAUGGUUACCUAUUUUAUUUUUGAGUAACAUAUUGUUUAUUUUAUGUUAUAGGACUUAUGUCUUAAUGAUCUCAUGAGAGAACAAAAUCUCUUAGAAGAACUAAAGGGUCAAAAUAAAAAACUAAUAGACUUGUAAGUAUUUUUCUCAAUAAACUAAAACGUUCCUAUACUGAAUAAGAAAUUUGCAUUUAAUUAACUGAAUUAACAAUUCAAAUAUAAUGUAAAGACUAGUCUUUUAAAUACAGUAAGUUCCAAAAUUUGUUUUAAAAUGAAGGAACUACCUAAUUAUCUUUAAUUUAUUGGCAUAAUUUUAGAGAAUGAAUACAAUUCAACUCCCAAGUGGUUUUUUGUAAUCUUUUUUCCUAAAUUUUUUUUUUGUAUUCUUAAUUUGAUGGUACUUUCAAAAAAAUUCACUCAAACUUCAUUUGGUCAAAAACCUUUGAAAUAUUUGAUUUUUCUAAAAAUCAUGUUUUUGAGUUAAAAAUACCAAAAAUUUAUAUUUUUGGUAUUUUUUUUUUAGAAAUGAUAGUAAUUAUAUGCUUAACAUUUUGGUGAAAUCAGAAUUUACCUAUCGUAUUUACUUUUUAUGUUAUUGUUAAUGAACCACGUUUAAAACCUAAUUAUGUUAUUUCAAUCAUUUGCAUAUUAAAGUACCUCAAAAUUGAUUAUUUUGGACUUUUUUUUUAUUCAGUGUAAUAGUUUUUGGUGAAAUUAGAAAUUAUUAAUAUUUAAUAUUUUUUGGUUUGGAAGAAAUAGAAGAAAAAUAUAUUUUUUCUUAUAGAUACAUAAACAUCACAUUUUACCUUUGAAAAAUAAUAAUUAAUUUAAUAUUAUUUUUUUUUUUACUCACUGAAGCCAAAUUAAUUAAAAAAAUUAACGCCAUUGGGGGGAGAGCUGAGGAGCAUGGUAAAAUGAAUUGAACAAUUAUAACCUCAAAUUACUGUUGUAAGUAACAAAAUAUUUAAUAAAGUUGUAAAAUUUAUUUUUUUUUGCGAUGUAAAUCCUUGAAAUAAUCUUGAAAUUUCUAUAUAUAUCUGUCAAUGUAAUUAACUACAAAAUUGCUUGUAGAAAAAUUUCUACAGUGGAAAAAAUAAUAAUAUUUCACUAAUGUAUAUUGUACAUUUUACCAUUUUUCAUAGUUUUUCACGUUUUUUCCCAUUUAUUGGGAAAACUCUGAGGAAAAUCAAAAAAUGACUUCCCCAAGUUACCAUGGAGAUAAAAUUUCCCUUCAAAAAAUAAGCAACACUUAUCGGAGCAAGAUUUUUGGUAGAAAAGUUUGCACAGCUAAUCGAAGGGUAUUUUGCUAUUAAAAUAGUCCAAGCAAGUUCAAUUUUCAAGUUCUAUAGCAAGCUAUAGCUUGAUCCCUAGCUACACCCAAAAUGCAUUUGUGUUUUCCUUGUUUAGGUAAAAGGGGGAAAAAAAUGCAAAAUUUUUUUUUUUGGAACAUUGAUUCAAAUUCCUGAACCCUAAUAUAAAAAUAGGUAUCUGUAACCAUUCAGUUAUGACAAACAUAUUUUAGAGAUAACAAUAUUUAGUUAUUUUACAUAACAUAUAAUAUCUGCAUAGUAUCAGAACUUUAAAAAGCUAUAAUUUCAAAACUUGGUUAGUCCGCUCAAAUUUGACUUUACCAUCGUUCUUAAAUUGGUAAUAUACAUAUAUUUAUGUAUAAAAAUAAAAAAAUUGUAAAAUUAGAUUUGUUCCAUAUAAUUUUUUACUCAACGAUUUUCGUUAAUUAUAGUUAGGUCGUGUGUUAAGUUUUGAAUAUUAUUAUUAUUUAUAAAAUCUAAAGUUUUUUAUGAAUUUCAUUAGUGUAAAUGAUAGCAAUAGCAUUAGAUUUAUCUACCUGAAAGAUUUCUGAAUUAUUUGUUUUUAAUGUAUUCACUACGUUGUUAAUAAUUGUAUUUUGUCAUUAACUAUAUUAUUUUGUUUUAAUAUAUUAUCAAGCUUAUUUUUGUAGUUUUUUUUUUUUGGUGCUGUUUAUUAAGUUAUAUAUAUAUCUUGUAUGAUUUUGAUUUUGAAAUUGUAUAUAAUUUAUAACGGAUUCACAAUGUAUUAAUUGUUUUUUAAUUGAUUGAAAGUUUAAUGUUUGAUAGGUAUUGCAUUUAUUAUCUUAAUAUAAUAAAUUGUUUUCAGCUUUAUUUAAAAUUAUAGAAUUAAAUUAGUAACUCAUGGUUGAAAAGAAUACUGGAUUUUAAGUUUAAAUUUUUGUACAUUUUCUGCUACUAAAAUGUUAAUUUUAUCAUUAAUUCUAUGCCAUUUCUCACUUUUCUUAUGUAGUAAUUUUUGUCGUAUAAUAUUCCAGGUGACAUAUUCAUUCAUUUAUUUAUAUAUUCAUUUACUAUAUGCAUUUAAUUAUGUGUAAAAAUAGUGUAAUUAUAACUUAUGACUGUUUAUCGUUCUAUAUUUACAGAAAUAUAUAAAUAUUAUUUUAAAUAAUUAUAUAAAUGUACCCAGAUGAUACAUCAUAUAGUGACUGUAGUUGUUGAUGAGUUAAUAAUACCCAAAUUAAUAUUAAUUGUGAGAUUAAUUGUUUGUUUUAGUUUAACAAAACCUGAUAUUGCAUUGGAAUUAGUCCGUUUGGUUACACAAGAACCUCCAGAAAAUGAAAAACCAGAAACGCGUUUUGUUUUGCCAAAUUUAGCUUGUGAAAUAUUAACUAGUGAUAUUCAACCAAUGUACCAUGUUCUUUCACACGAAGAAGAUAUUUGGAAGUGUUUUUUUGGUUUUCUAGAAGACAAUGAACCUCCUCUCAAUUCAUUAAUGGCCUCAUAUUUUAGUCGAACUUUAUGUAGCCUUAUAUUAAAAACAGGAAGUCAAGUAUGUAUUUAAUAUUUAUAAUUUUGAAUUUUAUUAUAUUUUAUUAUUCAAUUUAAAAAAAAAAAUUUAAUAAUAUUCAUGUUUUUGCCAUUAAAAAUCGAUAUUCAAAUUGCCAUUAUUUUAUAUUAAACAUAAAGAUAUAUUUUUGCAUUAUGAAAUACAAUAAUAUUUAUCUAAUUAUUAUGAAUAUAUUAUAUACAUCUAUAUAGGAUUGGUAUACAUAUCAGUUUAAUUGUCUCAAAACUCUUGAGAAAAUUACAGAAAAAGGAAACUUUAUAGAUUUGUUACUGAAACAUCUUGACACAUCUGCUAUAAUGGAUCUCAUUAUCAAAAUAUCCACACUUUUAGAAGGACCCCCUUUACGAAGUAACAUUUUCACAGUAUGUUUAGUAUAUAGUACGAGUUUAUAAUUAACUUUGCAUAAUACAUAUACAAAUAAAAGUGUAUGCAUAUAUAUAACAUAUAUUUACAUCUUUCUAGUUAUUUGAUAAGGAGCAUCUCAUUUUAAAGUUAGUGGACAUAUUGGAUACAAAAAAUAUUCCUGUAAGACAACUAAAUGCAGCAGAAACAAUUUGUGCUAUUGAAGUUGCAUCAGAAUUACAUCCUCUCGAACAAAAUCCUCUUGUUAUUUCAAUUGAAUCGUAUGAUAAAUAUAUAAAUAUAUAUUUUUUUAGUUUAAUGACUUAACUAUAAAUAAUUGUUUAAAUUAAAUCAGACCAGAGACUGUAAACAUGGUGUUGGUGAAAAUUUUUGGCCAAUAUGAGAAGACUGAGAGUACGUUAUUAGGUGGAAUAUCAAUACUGCAAACUUUACUAAUGGCUACUAAAUUCAAGUAAGUUACUAUAACACAAACUAACUUGUAAAUUAAUGAUUGUAUUUUUUUUUCCUUUAGACCGGAAGAUUCAAAUGAGGUUUACAGCAAAAAACAAUCGAUGGCUGAGGUUCUAUGUAUUACACUUUUACCAUUUUUAGAACAUAUUCAUAAUGUUUUAUUAACUCCUCCAAAGGUUAUACAAUUUAUACAUUCAUAUACUUUCAUAAAAAUAAAUAAACAUUUAACAAAAAAUAACAUUCAAUUUUUAUUUAUAGUAAUUUUAAUUAUUAAACUAUUAAUAAAUUGUAUUUUUACAAUAUAAAAUAUUAAAAAAAAUAAUUUUAAAUGUUUUAUAUAAUACAAACUAAAUCAUGAUUAAAUUGACUAUUAUUUUUAAAUCAUUUGUAUAUGUAUAUAUACAGAGUGUAAUUAAACUACUUAACAUAUGUAAUAACUUUUUUUUUUAAAUUGUUAUUACAUCUUUGCGCCAUAACUUAAUUAUGUUUUGUUAAAUUUCAAUGUUUACUGUUUAGGAAUUUAAAAUAAAAAAUGUCAAGUUUGAAAAUAAAAUUGAGAUAGUUAUUUUGUAAAUCUAAAUUUUUAGAAAAAUUUUAAUGUCAAAUUUUACUCAGGUUGAUUCUAUUAUUUUUAAAGUUUUGUAAAGCAUAUUUUUUGAGUACUUAAAACUUUUUAGAUAGUUAUUUUGAUUUUUCAAUGUAAUAUUGUAUAAUUUGAUAAUAUUUUUAUCAUAAUACUUUAAGCUGUUAUUCUGAUAAACACUUAUAAUUUGUCGUUAGUGAAAUAUAAUUAAUUGUUAGUAAAAUUACUACACAAACUAUUUUUUUAAAAACUUUGUAAAAAAUUGUAAAUUUAUAGUGCAGAGCUUUAGUAAUUAUUACCAAAAAUUUAAAAAAGUUAUUAUAUUUGUUAAAUAGUCGUGUUGCAUCUGUAUAUAUACAGGAUCUCUCAUGAUUGAUACGUGAAAAAACUUCUGUUCUAUUCAAUAUGUUAAAAUUAUUAGUAUGUUUUUAUAAUCUUAUUUAAACAAAUCUUAUAUUAUUUUAUUAUACUAGCUUUUGUAAAAGAAAAUUGUCAUUUGAUGUGCUUUGACUACUGAUUAAAUAUUUUAAUGAAUUAUAAAUCAUAAUAAUAUUCAUAUUUUCAUAAACUUCAAAAAAUUAUAAAAUAUAAGACUAUACCUUAAUGAAAAUUUCAACCACUAUUAAAUUGAUAAGAAAAAAUAAUUUUUUGAAAAUUUGGAAUCUAACUUGCUUUAUUGCAAUUUUUAUAGAUUGUUUUCGGUUUUUUAAAAACUAAAAUAUUUACAAAAAACAAUUGAAUAUUAUAAACUGCAGAAAAUAAUUAUUUUUUAAUUAUAUUUAUGUUUUAUACCCUUAUAAUUUUAAUUAUUUUAAUUUAGAUUGAAAGUUUAGCAUCAAUUGGAAAUAUAAUUGAAAAGCCUUUUGGUAAUGUACGUUUGCAAAUUGUCAAAUUGAUAAGUUUGUUAUUAAGUAUGCAUAAUCAACAAAUAAAUGAACGAUUUGCUCAACUUAACACUAUAAAAGUUCUCCUUGUAAGUAUUAAUCAAUACAAUGAUAAUGUCAUAAAAUAGUUGAAUUUUGAAUGAAAAUAAAAAUUGUUUUGUAUGAUAAACUUGUUGAUUACUGAAUAUUUUUAUACAAAUGAAUUGUAAUUAGUUAUUAGUAAAAAUGUUUUGAAUAUGUGUAGCUUAUCAUACUAAUUAUUUUAUUGUUUCAUACAUUAAUGAUUUAAAAUAUUAAUAAUUUUCUUGGUAAAUUAAGUGUAGCAUAUCUAUAAUGUAAAAAUUGACUAAAAAGUACUUUUAGUUAUAUUAAAAUGUAUUAAGUUACAUGGAUAAUAUAAGUGUGCAUAUAAUGUUAUACUUAAUUGAUCCACAAUAUUAUGAAAUAAUAAUAAAUUUAUUUCUACAAGUUAAUUACAAUCUAUACAAGUAUGUACAUUCAGCAAUUGGGAUGAAAGAAUAGUAGUCACUACUAAGUGACAUUGAAUAUUUAGAACAUAGAAAAUUACCCACUAGUAACACUCAGCAAAUAUAAAUAUUUAAAAUUCUAUUUUCUUGUUUAUUCAAAAACAAAUACCAUUGUUUUAGGUUGCACCAGACAUUCUUGUUAAUUAAGAUAUUGUAAGAAAAUAAUAUUUUUUUAUUCUAGGAUUCCUUCUUUUACUAUGAAUUAAAUAAUUUUCUUCAUACUCAAGUGGUACAAUGCUUUCAUGAGAUUAUGUGUUGUAAUCACUCAAUAACAGACAAUACUGGAUUUUUAGUUCACGUAAGAAUAAUUAUACUUUUUAUUUGUGUCUAGUAAUACUCAUUUGUCUAUCUUUCAUAGGUUUUAAGAGAUUGUAAAUUAAUUGAAUGUAUUCUUGAUAAUGAAAAAUGGUACGUAUAAAUUAAAUAUUACACUUUACAAAUAAAUUUUAAUUUAUACAGGAUCACUCAGAAAAACUACAUACUUUUUAAAUGGUAGUCCAUGUUAAAUACAUGGUUUUUAAUAAUAAAAAGAAUUGACAGAAACUUUAGGAAAGAACAGUGAUUUUAAAAUUUGAGCUCAUAGAUUUACUACAGAUAAUUUUUAUAAAAGGAUAGUUUUUUAUUGUUUGUUGUGCAUAUUUUUUUCUAAAUACAACAAACAACAGUAAUCUAGUAUUAAGCAAUGUUUUUAUUUUUCUACUUGGGCUUUCAAAAUUAAUAUGUAAAUUUUGAAUUUUUUCUUUAAAAAAAUAAACUAUAAAACUGUAAUGAUAUAAUUGUUCAGAAUAUUAUUUUUUUAUUCUUUCAAUUUACAUGCUUGACAUUUUUUUAACUAUUCGUAUAACAAAAUGUUUAGGUAAAUAUUCUACUUCAAAAUUUGAAAUUAUAAAUAGGGAUUGCUGUUUAAAAAUAUGUUGUUCGUUCAAUAUGCCUUCUAUUACUAUGGCAAUAUCACCAUAUACCAUAGAAUUAUCAAACUACAUAUUUGUACGUUUUUAAACUAAUUAAAUUAAUCAAAUUAAUUAAAUUUUAAGAAAUAUAAUGUAUUCAUAUUCUGUAUAGGUUAUUGUAAUAAUAAUAAUUAAUAUUUAUAUUUUAAUUUAAAAAAAAAUUAACAUUACAUAUUAAAAUGACAGUUAAUUAUGUUUUCCAAUAAAUAACAAAUUUUGAAAAUUGUUGGUAAUAUAUUAUACAUUGAAACAAAUAAUAUUGUAUAGAAUAAAAAUUGUGUUUUAUGUGUAAAUAAGUAUAAAAAUUUAAAUAAAAAAAAAAUUUCAUUAUAGUAUUCAGCCAGGAAAAAAAAGAAAAGGAUAUAUUGGUCAUUUAGCAUUAAUCGCUAAUAAUGUACACAAUACUGAAGUAUUUUAUUCAGAUCACUUUCGAGGAAUUAUUCAACGUACAUUAAGUGAUGAUAUUAUUCAUAGAUGGAAUACUUUUACAUCAACUACAUUAAAAGCUGAUAAUGAAAGAAUGUCUUCUUGUUUGGUAAAUAGGAUUUAGAACUUUUUAAGGAUUCAACUAGUAGGCUGAUUUACACUUCUCUUCUACCAUUCAUUUUCUGUUUCCUAUAAAUCCUUAUACAAGAAUCAUCUGGCUUCUUUCUUUAACUCCCCUAUAAAGAAGCACGAGGCUUAUUAGUCUCUAUAAUUAAGUUAGUACAUUUAGUAAUUAUAUAAUGUAUCUUAAAAAUAAAUUUGAAGGGAGGACUACACCCUCGAGAUGAAAUAGUAAUGAUGAAUAUUAGAAAAAAACUAGAAAAAGGAGCUAUUUAUGGGCAACCUGAAUUAGAAUUUAACAGCAAUGAUAUUCAACUUGGUAUAUCUAGAGUUGAUGUAAACUUCGAUGAAGAUGAUGAUGAUGAUGACGACAAGUAAAUUUGUUUUAAAAUUUUUCUUUACUAUACAAUAAUAAUUGAUUGGUUUUUAGAGAUUUGGCAGAAUCACAAGCAGAUAUGUUUAAUCACAUGUGUUCAUUAAGAUCAUCAGAAAUGAAUAUUGAAGAACCGGAAUGUAAAGAUGCAAAUGAUGAUCUAGCAGAAAAUGUAGAGUUGUUCAACAAUCAAUUGUGGAAGGAUCCUUGUUCGUCCAAGAGAGAUUUUAAUGUUGAGAAAUCUGAUAAUUUUUUAUCAAAGGAUAAUAAUUUGUAAGUAUACUAUAUAGUAAGUUUAGUAUACAAAUUUCAAAAAAAAAUACUAAUGAUAUUAAAAUAUGCCUAAGGUAUUGGUCUCCUGCAAACACAGAUUGGGAAACCUUUAGGUUACAAUUAAAUGCGAAAUCAUCAAGUGAAAUGAUCAAUGACAAUUCAAUUAAUAGUAAGUGUAAUAUUUAUUCAUUUUAGAUUUAAAGGGAAUUAUGUUUUAUUAUGGGGUUUUUUUUUUCUAUAUAGUUAUCACAUUUUAGGGCUGUGAAAUUUUAGAACUACUUACAUUGUUUAUGCCACAAAAAACUUUUAUAUUAAAAGUCAGUCAAUCCAAUUGAUUUCCACCUUAAAUAUGUUUUUAAAAGUGCUAUUAGUGUUUAUUUUUAAGUUUUUAUGUUAUCUGUGGUCUAUAAAAUAUUUUGUUUAAAAAACCAAAAUUGACAAUUGUAUUUACUGUGUACAUAGGAAGGUGUGUGAUACAUUUUUUGGCAUAAAUUAUGACCAAUGACAACUUUAUUACCAAUUAUGGUACAUAAUUUGUAUGUUAUGUAUGCUAAUACUUUUAUACUAUUACUCAGGCUGUAAUCAUUUGAUCAACUUGAACUUUACAAAAGUAUUAUCUAUAUAACAUACUGAUCAACUUGUGUAAAUUUCAAAACAAUCAGUCCAUUAGUUUAGGCUACAAAGAGGUCAGACUAUUUGCUGUAAAAUUACACAGGUUAAGGCAUGUAAUAUACUGUGGCCAACAUACAAGCUCUUUUUUUUUUACUUAACUCUGCGUCACGACCAUGGCGAUGGAUAUUUAUAAAUGUUUUAAAUAUUUAGUUACCUAUUAAUAACUGUAUAUCUUGAAUGUGCAUUUAUGAUUAUUUAUUUACAUUAAACUUGAUUGGUUUUUACAGUCUCUAAUCCAUCUUCUUCGAGUCCAUGGGGAGAUAAUGUUAUAAAUCUUGAACCUAGAUUAGAAACAGGUUGGGCAAAUUUUGAUUCAAGUUUUGGAGAACCAAUGGUGACUAAUGGAGAUGAAAUUGCUGAUGAUCAAUUUUCUAAUGUGGUUGAACAAAAUACACAAAAUAUUACUCCACAAUUGGAGUUGUCUGAUAACACAAUUGCACCGACAAACAAUUUGACAUGUAAGAGUAAAGCAUAUAAAUAUAUAUAUUAUUAUUAUUAUUAUAUAUGUAUAUAUAUUUAAAGAUCAAGAGGUGACUGAUAAAAUAAAUAAUACUUUAUUUACAGCAAAUUCAUCUUUGUCUGAACAACUAUCUGAUAAUGGACCAAUAACAGAUAAUUCUACAACACUGAGUGUGAAGGAUUUAUCUAAUGCAUCAAUCAUAUCUAAUUCUACUGAUGUAUCUUCAAUUGAAAAUUCACAUGAUGUGAGCUCUGUAGAUAGGUAAAAAAGUUUAGUUAAAAACUCUAAUCCUCUAAUGGCAUUAUAAUAUUUUUUAACAUCCGAAACUAUAAUACAUUUUUAUCAACUUUAUCUUAUUAAUUUAUACAAAAACAUAAUGAAUUAUGAUUAAUAGUCAACAUAUAUCUUUUUAUAAUGUGUCCGUCCGUUUUUAUAUAAAACUUCUAUGUUUAUGUUGACCAAUUUUUAAAAAUUAAACAUUUAUAUUUAAUAAAAUGUAUGCAUACCAACCAAUAUAUAUUUAUAAAUUCUUUUAAAUGUAUGGAUAGUUUUUUGUUCAACAGAAAAAUACUUUUUACCUAUGUAAUUUUUUUUUUUGUGGUUUAGUUUAGUGUUUGAAUUACAGGGAAUCAUUAUUAUUUUUUUUUAAAUAUUUUUGUUAAAUUCUAUAAAAUAUUACAAACAAAAUAUAUUUAUUUGAUUAUUAUUUUAUAAUUUCGAAGAAAAUCAAUUAUUUAUAAUCUUUCCCACCGGUUUUGAAAUAAUUGAUACACUUCUUCGAAAUUUUAGUUUAUUUAUUAUGUUAAUAAUGUAUCUGGUUAUUAUAUAUUUUACAUGAUAUAACAUAUUAAAAAAAAAAUAUAUAUUUUUGUAUAUAUAUAAUAUAGCUGACUUUGUUAUUAUAAUGGUGCGUGUUUUGUAUUAUAAAUUUGAGUUGAAUAUGUUGUUUGUGUAUUUAUGUUAAUAUUUAACAUUUAUGUUGUAAAAUUAUUAUCAUUAUAAUUUUUUUUUUUUUAAUAUGCACAUGACUGGUUAUAAAAUCUUUAACGAGAAAAUCGUACAAAAUACUUUUACUGUGAUAUGGAUAUCCAUGUUAGUGAAAUAUAAGUUAUACUUUAUUUUAC